AUGAAUAACAAAGCAGGUCCUCGAAUAGACUCCACGACACCCACAUCAUUCUACUGCAGCCCUAAAAGUUAUCAUUAUAUACCAUUCGCCCAAAGGAGAUUUCAGUUGCAGUCAGCGAAAUUUAAAAGACAAACUGGCAAUAAGGACGCAAGCAGUAAGGAUUCACCAGUAUUGUCAGCAAGUUCCAAAGCAGCAUUUGCAAACACAAAUCAAUCAAAUCGACCAGUAAAUUUACAAUUCAGAAAUAAUCAAUCACAACUACCCAAUCAACAGCUAAGUAAGAAAUUAAUUAAUUUACCUGAGUCAAAGAUCCGACCUCAAACAUUAAAAUUGGUUUAUAACAAUGACGGCAAAAAAAUGCAAGAAAUAUUGGAUCAGUUCAAAAGUGAAAUCCUUGAUGAUAUCAUCCAGUGUGGUGUUUACACGGAUAGUGUUAUCCAGGAUUGUAUUUCAAGGAACGUAAUGGAAAAUUCAACUCUUCCAAUGGCGAAUUUACUGGAAGCAGUUACUGGAUUACUCAGAGAUAUUGGUAUAUUCAGCAUCGAAAUGAAUGAGAUGACUUGGAUGGCGAGUUCAGAACCUACAGGUGAUGGACUGCUUGAUUAUGAGGACGAAGAGUUUGAGAGUGAUGAAGGUGAAUCUUUAUCUAUGAUUCGAUCUGUAGAAAAUCUUGUUAUUAUCGCUUACUGUUACUUACCUUUGAAAAAUACUGAAAGUGGUGAAUUUGGUCUCAAAGACAAAUAUGGCAUGCCGUGCUUAUUGCUUAAAUUCUCAGCUCAGUUAUAUAAUUUCAACUUAAAUGGUACAAAUAUUGCUGCUAAGGUACCCGAAUUAACAUCACCGGAAGUGAAAUUGAGUGGAUAUUGUGGUGGUAGUGAUGACACAAACAACAGUAAAGUUGAAUUUAAGGCAAGUUGGAAAAAAGAGGGACGGAGGAAGCAACUUAUCUUAUCCUUCGGAACGGCUUAUGUGGAAGAUCCAGUAAAUCAUCUAAAAAUGCUUCGGUGGCAAUUGAAAAUGGUUACCUAUUCUGAAUCAUAUUCCAGGCAAUCAGUCGAAUUUUCAUCGAAAGAAGUGAUGAUGAGCGCUCCGCUGAAGCAGAAAUUUAUUUGUCACGACAAACUAAAUCUAACACUUACUAAUAGACAUUUCAAGGACUAUAUCCUCGAGCUGAAUCCAGAAAUUAGUGCGCAACCGUACCAAGUCACUGGCAAACAUCCAAACCUAUUCAUCUGUGGCAGCACACGGCGACGAACGCUGGCGAAAAGUUUUGAGAGUCGGAUGACAAUUUUUUCUGGAAUAGUCCUUUGCAUAACAUCGAUUUCGCUGAUAGUUGGAUACAGUUUCCGACGACAGUCACAUCCUACUAGAAAGAAACUUUAUGAAUCACUCACUUAA